GCAGACCGACACGUCCUCCGUAACUCGACGACAUCCGGCGACACGUUUGCCCAAACUGUCUCCAUUCCCACAACAUCUUUAUUCAAAUCCGCUUAGUGCCUUUUCAAAUGACAAACCCACGCGUUUUUUCACCACUUUCCCUUCACAUUAUGUUCCAGUUUGAGAGUUAGCGAAUUACUCAUAGAAGCAGAGGAGUUUGGAGUCCCAAAUGGGGGAGGUGAGGAAGCUCCAGAAGAAGUUGAGGCAGAUUGAGAAUCUGGAGAUAAAAGUCAGUCUCAACCCCGAGGAGAGAUUCAAGAUCUCCAAGAAGGAGGAGCUGCGGUGCAGAUUGGCGGAGCUUCAGCUGCAGCUCUGUGGCCUGCAGCGAACUCCUGGGAUUCGAGAGGCAGACAUGAAAAGAGCAGGGGAGGGCGCCCCCGAGGACCUUCCAUCACAAGCGCCUCCGUCCUCCAAGAUCCCGAAGGGCCACGAGGAGGCAAGGCCAGGGCUGCCUGCCACACAGAGGGCGACAGGAGGGUCAGUGAAGACGACAUGUGGCCAAAGGGCACAGAAUGUCAGGGUGAUGUCACAUCACGGACGAGGCAAUUCUGAAGAUUGUCCAGAGCGUGAUGACAGGGGGCAGGAACCAGCACAAGAAGAUGUGGAGCUGACAACCCUGAAAACAUUUUGGCAGAAGGCAAAGUUUCGCUUGAGACUGCUGGAAGGUCACAAUGAUAUCAUCACUUGCGUGCUGGUUGUUGACAACCUGGUGGUUUCUGGCAGCCGCGAUACCACUGUCAAGGUGUGGCACGUUCCCACGGCAACAGAGCAUAAGAACUUGGGAGGUCACACCGGUGGGGUCACAUGCCUUUCUGCUCCUCCUCCUGAGUACUGCAAGAAGUUGGCCUGGUCGCUGUCGUUGUCAGACAACGAGAGGUUUAUCUUGAGCGGUUCGGCGGACUGUAACGUCAAGAUCUGGGCCUUGAGUAUUGGCCAGUGUGUGAAGUCUCUGUACACGUUCAACGCAGUGACGGCGCUCUGCUUUGUGCCUGAGGCCGACGGCUACAUCAUCACAGGAUCAGACGGGGGUAAAGUUCAAGCCUGGAGCUGGCGCACUUUCGACAACUGCCAAUCAAUCAAUGCGCACCAAGAAGCUGUCACCUCCAUUCAGUCUCAGGGUCCACUAGUGUUCAGCGGCUCAUCCGACGGAGGGGUGUCUGUGUGGGAGAACCGUUGCACUGAGCGAGACCCCCUGAGGUUGCUACAUGGCUGGAGUGGUCAGGUGACGGGCUGUGGAGGAGGCCGUCUGGCCCUUAGCCCCAGGGGGGACCAAGUACUCCUUGCAUACGGAUGGGCAUGGAUCAAGAUCCUUCACUGGAUUACUGGAGCAGUAUCCAAACUGACCAAUCACAGCUGUAUCACUGGGGUAACGGAUUGCGUCCAUCAGACGGCUGGCCUCUUAAUUGGCUCCUGCUAUGACGUGACCAAUGGAGAGAGCACGCUGAAUUUGUUCUCCAUGCCUCAGUGCCACUACCUGGCCUCUCUGACCUGGCCCCGGGCCCCCAGAAUGCUUUGCUUCGCCACAUGGACCACAGGGAGCGGUAGCCACCGUUGGGUCAGCGGCGGGCGCGACCUCGUUGUGUGGGAGGAGCUCCCCAGCUCGGCAAAGCACAGGGGGGACAUCAUAGUGAAGAGAAACAUCCAGUUAGAAUCACCACUAGAAUCCGAGGGGGACACGGAAGACGACGAGGACACUGACGAACACCUUGAUGAUUACGAUGACGACGACGUGGGAGGAGGAGACGAGGACUACGCGCGGUCCACCGGCUCGUGGUUUCGUUGUAUUCUCCAAUGAGGAGUCAUGUUUGAGAGUGGAGAGACAGGCUGGAUCUACGCAGCAUGGUUCAAGUGAAACAAUUGGGAUGUGGUCCAUGGCAGCAAAAAGAGAAAAAAAGGCAGUCAGGUUUCUACUAAUCUGAUAUGUGUGGGUUAUCUGACAGUGAGGUUGCAGCAAUGCCAGCUUGGUGUCAUUGAAAUACAUUUACCAAUUUGUAAGGUACACACACCCGCAUCUAAACGGUUAAAAAUGUAUUAGUUUGUUUAUUGCAAAAUGUUUUUAUUCAAUUACUGUUCAUUAACUUAAUUAAUAAAAUGAAAAAAGAACAAAAAUAAAAUAAAGACAAUUUCAUUACAAAAUUCAAUAUAACAAUCAAAUGUUCUAAUAUUUGUUUUAUAGUUUCCGUCGUCUUCGAGUUACAAAACCUUGCGUAGUCAUUUUUAUUCCAUCCAUUUUCUGAGCAGCUUAACCUCACAGGAGUGCUGGAGCCUAUCCCAGCUGUCAUCGGGCAGGAGAUUGGGUACACCCUGAACUGGUUGCCAGCCAAUUGCACGGCACAUAAAAACCAAUCGCACUCACAAUCACACCUCGGGGCAAUUUGGAAUUUCCAAUUAAUGUUGCAUUUUUUUGGGAUGUGGGAGGAAAUCAGAGUGCCCGGAGAAAACCCACACAGGCACGGGGAGAACAUGCAAACUCCACGUUAGCAGGGUCAGGAUUUGAACUCCAGUCCUCAGAAUUGUGAGGCCAACACUCUAACCCCCAUGCACCAUCGGCUAAACAGUGCCUCUUGUGAAGUAAAGUAAUAAUAAUAAUUAAGAAAAAAAAUGCUCUCAUGUGGCAAGGUGCGUCACAGUCACUGAUGUACUUUUAUUCAAAUAUACAAAUUCAAAAUGAGAACACUUGCUCAUCCCCUCACGCCCACAUGGUAGCUAACAUGACUUGAGCACAGAGGUCACUCACUGGGCCAGGCUGCUCACAGGCAAACAUCAAGCACACAAAUACUAUUGUACAUCCGUACAUCCAUCCAUUUUCUUUGCCGCUUAUCCUCACGAGGGGCGCAGGGAGUGCUGGAGCAUAUCCCAGCUGUCAACAGGCAGGAGGCAGGGUACACCCUGAACUGGUUGCCAGCCAAUCGCAAGGCACAUUGAGGCAAACAGCCGCACUCACAAUCACACCUAGGGACAAUUUAGAGUGUCCAAUUAAUAAUGGAUGUUUUUGGGAUGUGGGAGGAAACCGGAGUGUCGGGAGAAAACCCACACAGGCACGGGGAGAACACGCAAACUCCACACAGGCAGGUCCGGGAUUAAACCCAGGACCUCAGAACUGUGAGGCCAAGGCUUUACGAGCUGAUACACCAUGCCGCCUACUAUUGUAAAGUAAUUAUAAUUUAUAAAACAGGUUUACUUCUCCUUUUAAUACAAUAUAUUACUCUUUUACUUUAUUGAACAUGUAAUUAAAAACUGGUGGAGUUAUUUUUCAUUUAAAUGUAGAAAAUUGAUUUGGAAAAAAAGUUGCUCACGGAACGGAUUAACUCGUAUGUCAGCGUAACAGUGAAUUAUUUUUGACUUCAUGUUGUCACUGCCCAUUUUUUUUUGUAGAGUUGGGGGCAAUUUGGGCAUCUGAGCAUGAGUUUUGUUUCUUGUAGCCCAUCAGUGUAAAGACAGUGUAGAGACACACACUAAAUAUGUCACUUGGGAAAUCGAUUAUCUAAGCGUUGAAUUGGAAUUUGACACCAAGGACCUGCAAUGUAAAUCUAUCCUGGCACUGUGUUUUUGUGUCAUUGUUUCCUGUGUAAAUAUUAGUUGCAAUAAAUC